CGCUCCAAUUGGAAUUAGUUGUCCAGCCCGAAGUUCUUCUCCAGUGCGACUCUGCUAUCAUCUUUCUAGUGCGGUAGGGAUACAUCGAAGGUGCAGCCAUGUCCUUUAUUCAAAUGAAUGUUCCGCUGGUCUUCUGGGGCAGGCGCCCGCCCUCACACAAGAUCAUGUGCAUCUGCCGCUCGGAGGAGAGGAAAGGCGUGGCCACUGGCUCCCAGAGUGGCCAGAUUUGCCUCUGGGAUGUAUAUAGAGAUCACCAGAGCGAGAAGAUAAAGUUGCGACCAAGAUGUCUUCUGUUUGGCGGAAUAUCGGCCAUCAAAUCUCUGUGCUUCGUGAAGACAUUCAGUGGAGACAGAGAUCGUAUUGCCAGUCUCAGCGAGAAGGGAACAGUGUCAGUGUGGGACGGAAAGGAUGGAGCAUGUCUCAAAUAUAUCGUCAUCCCGGGGAGCCACACUGGGAUCAAGGUGUGCAUAUGUGCCCAGACAGGACAGUAUAAUACCUAACUUCAUACAUAUACGGGAUAUUCAACAACAAGCCACACUGGGAUCAAGGCUCUGUCCCGUACCAAAUACUCGGAAACGCUGCUGGUACUGUACGGGCGGUACUCCAGCAUCCACAUUCUGGACGCCAUUUCUCUGGACACUCUCUGCGUCCUGAGGAGCAGCUGUAAACCAAACUGGAACGCUCAGAUAUCCUUCCUCAUAAGCCCCGAGAAGAAAGACCACCUCCUGUCGCUGACGGUGGAAGGUGUGGCCAAGAUGUGGCUCCUUCCGACGAGGAACGAGAUGAAGGAGCUGGGCGAGAUGUCGGAAGAGAAGACGACUAACCUCUCCAUACAGUGUCCCGUACACAUGACCUCAUCGUCUCACGGAGGGUACAGCACCACCCUUAUUGUCUGCAGUGAGGUCUGGCAGAUUUAUAACACUACCAAUGGUCACGUGAAGCUGCUGAUGAUCAGAGCCCGAGAGGAGUCGGUCACCUCCUGGGCAGCUGGAGAGUUCAUUGACUACCAGACCAUCCUCGUUUGGGACAAGGGAAGUGGAAGGGGCUAUGUGUAUCGCCUCUCGGCAAGGUGUGUGCCGGGUCUCAGUGAGAGUGAUGACAGUCUUGACGAUUCCAACACAGCAGGGUGUUCCCUGGUGUACACCCUGGCUCCGCCCCAAGCCACACCCAACUCGUCGCACCUCCAGCUUGCCGCGUACAUGGACCACACCUGGUGUUGCCAGGGCGACCACACAGGGAGGUUGUAUUUGUGGAACAUUCAGAGGCUGCGUCAGGAGCCUCCCCUGUCCCAUUCCCAUGUCUCCAUUCCGCCAGAUGCCCAUGCCUGUGUCGGGGAUUCCUGGCAACCUCCUGCCCAGCCAUGUGGCCUCACUGAUAUGUUGUACCCACCGUCCAUGUACACCAACCCACCCACCCUGACCUGUGCAGUCUACCUGGCAGCCUACGGUCGCCUCGUAUGUGGUCAAGAAGAUGGUUCAAUUGCUGUCCUCUCUGCCACCCAGGCUGCCACUGUACUCAUGCUACAACCAAGAAAAUUCUGCAGAGGCUGGCCGCAGUAUUGUAUUCUCAAAGGUCACAGGAACCGAGUCAACCACCUGCUGUACCCCAGUGCCCACAGCUCAGCCUACCACUCUGACUACCUCCUCUCUGGAGGAGCUGAUUUCACUGUGAAGUUAUGGGACCUGUUCCACGGAGAUCUGAUCCAUACUUUUGCUGUUCACGGAGGAGGGGUCAAGAACAUCGUCACCUGCCCUCCUGAAAUCAACCCUCGACUCCAGACGUGUGUCUGCUCAAUAGCAGAAGACUAUUCAGUCGCCAUUCUCUCCACGUCGGAACGGAAGUGUCUCCUCGUGGCCGCAGUCCAUUCCUCUCCGGUGCGUGACGUGGCGUGGAGACUGAGGCAAGACUUCCUCCUGGUCUCCUGUACUGAUGGCAAAUUAUACGUCUGGCAGAUUGAGACCGGGUCUCUGGACAGAUGUGUUGAGGGAGAAACGGCCAAACUAGUGUUGAGCGGAGCCCAGGACACCAGCAGCUCCAAAACCAGUCUGUCCAGUUCCACGAGUUUCCCGCUGCAAGUCAGGUCUCUCCAAGCCGGGGAGGGAGACAGCCUCAUUCAGGUCCUGGUAUUUGACCCCCAGAGCCUAAUCAAUAGACUGGGAAAGAUGGACAACAUGGCCGAAAAGGGUGUGGCACAGCCCAAGAAACAAGCCGACGCCUUCCGAACGUGGCUCUCCGCCCGACGAAACUUUGGAGCAGGGGCGGGGCCGGGCGGAGUCGGGAUGGACCCGGCAAGACGAAGAACAUCGGCUCCGGCUGUGGUAUUUGAGGGUGGACAGCGAAGAAGAGGGGGCGGUGACCAAGGAAACACCCGCCCGGAGACGGAGAGGGCAAGAGAGGUGUUGGGGCAAGCCGUUGCCAGUCAGAACAAAAUUGAACAGCUACAGGAAGAAGCUCCAGUGACGACAUUGAACAUAGUUCGCCUGCUGCUCUCUUGCCUGCAUGCCUGGAGUCUGGACCAAGACCUCGACAGAGACUGUGAGGAGGUCCUCGGGCUGGUCAGACCCUCUCGUCCCGUAUCAUUCGGGCUCCUCAGCAAGGGACAGUGUCUCUCUCUCGUACUGCCUGGUUGGAACCUGAAGCCUCACCCCACAACAGAUGACCAAUCAAAUAUCAGCCCCAUGGCUCCAAAGAGUGAGGAGACAAGUCCUCCGCCUCCAUAUGAAGCCACACCAGCUGAAGAAUCUUCAAUUACAAGCCUGCAGAGGCAGGACUCAUCCCCAUCAUCAGGUUUCAGUUUUGAUAAAAAGUACCACAUCCGCUGGCAGCUGUCUCGCUCUCUCACCACUCAGCAUCUUCUCACCAUGGUGUCUGUGACCAACACACUGAUGAACCAGAGUGUGGGAGCACAUGUCCUAGCAACCAGCUCAGGCGUCAGGAAACACAAGCAGAGUGAAUCGGAGGAUUCUGAUUGGUCGGAUUCAGAGGAGUCCCAGACGCUCCGUGACAACCAGAUCAGAGCCGUCUGGAGUCAGGUGGCUGCAUUGCACUGUGUGAUGUUGCCGGAGAGAAUGGAGGGAAGGUUUAGAGCUCCACAUCUUCCUGUCCUCGCCUCACGUUUUCUCGACCCCUGUCAGGCCAUAAGAGAAGCCAGCCAAGCUCUACUGCAAGCAGAGCUGCGCCGUAUCCAGUCAGAAGGACGUAAGAAACUAGUGAUGAAGUGGGCAGGCAGACUCCAGGCACCAGCCCCCCACAGAGGGUCCGGAGAGAGGGGAACCACAAUUUCAAUGGAGGAGGGGGACCUCAGUGUUGGGGAACAUGGGAGUCCUAUUCCUACUCAACAUCAGCAGACCACAGCACUCAUUAUACUGGGAAUGAUAGGGGCAGAGUUUUGUGAUGGGGGAAACCCAAACGACAGCCCACCUCAGGUCACGACAGCAGCAAGAGGGGGUCACGAGAACAUGAAGCCAUGGACCAAGCUGUUGCCAGGGUUACUGCGAAGACCCUUCAGGCUGUGUUACUGGAGAAGCCUAGCGCCAGAGCACCGCUGCAUUCCAAUCUCCGGUGCUCGGCAGCGGAAUUGCUGGGGCGUGGCUUCCACAUCUGGGAGAAAUAUGUGGACAUUCCACAAGUUGUGAUGGGUCUUCUGGACCUUGUUGUACACUACAAAUCUCCAGAUAGUGCCCACCAUUCUUCGACCAGUACCAGCAACAAAUACUCAAAGUUUGCGUCUGAAGUGGCACACAAGGCGCUCAACCUCAUGAUCCUCGUCAGACCCGUUACCAUGGUCGCCACUCUCGCCAAGGAGGUGGCCAUGUUUUUGGCCUCGCAGCAUAUCACGCAUGCCCCGCAUUCCUCUCUUCAGCCUCUGCAGGUAGGAGUGAAUCCACCGCCUAGCACAGCUGGUAUCAUCACUCCCUCUAAUGCCCUACUGCCAACUGCCAAGAUCGAGAUCCUUCACUUGGUGAAAACUGUCAUAGAGAAGUGCUCGGCGCAGGUGACUCUUCAACUACUGGAGGUGAUGGACGUGGUUUUGUUUUGUCUGGAACAGGAACAGAUAAAGAAGAAAAACCUGUUAGACCUGUUUCCUGUCAUCGCCAAGCUUCCCAACAUCAGCUACUCUCCAAAGACCCGCAGAGUAGCGGUGGGAGCGAGGUCGGGCCAGGUUGGCAUCUACGACCUGAGACAGGGGAAGACUCAGAUGAUGAAUGCUCAUUCUCACCCCGUCACUGUGCUACUGUUCUCAGACGACGGUCGUAUGCUGGCCACAUAUGCCUAUGGAGACUCUACUCUUAGUGUCUGGCAGCUGAGUUCCUCUAUAUUUGGGAGUACCCCACAGCCAAAGCUGGUCAACAGUUGGCCGGCCAUAUCGAGCUCUUCCCCCAUGGCCUACUCUUCAUACAUCAGACUGGAGUGGUCUGGGACCAAGAGUAUCAUACUACAUAUGCCUGGAGGUGUCGAGUGCAAGUAUUCUCUUUAGUGGACACCUUAGUACAGUCAGUCUAUUAUAGAGAGUAUCAGUCUAUAUUAUGUAACAAUACAGAGUUUCAUUCAAAGACCACACGGUUUUCUCUACAGAUGUGUGUAUAUAAGUUGGUCCUAUCUGUGUUUGGAUCCCAUGAUGGUAUAAUGACUGUAUAAUUAUAG